AUGUGGGCUUCAUCAUCGUCCUACCAUAGUCGUUUUGCAGGACACACUUCGGCUCUCGACUACCCGGCCCAGAUACUCUCGCAGCUCGUCCCAAGACCCAACAAAUACUUUUCUAGCGGGCGAUACCUCUUCGACCUUCGCAGAGCGGACGACGUCUUCUACUGCCACAUUCCAAAGCUUCUUAAUUAUCUUCUGACUGCUACUUCUAUUACUAUUCUUAACGAGAUUCUUCUAAUGCUUACGGUUGUAUUCGCCGACGGGCCGGACCUCGCGUGGUUUGUGGUUAAUGCGCCGGGACUGGCCACCGGACGUCUUAUUCUAAUAAAGUUUAUCUGUAAUGAACAUAUCCGCCAUGUUUUGGAGAAAAAUUUCGGUAAGACUGCCGAGUCGGGGAUCGAAGGUCUGCCGCACUUAGAUAUGGACCUUUUUAGUAUCGAGUUUUUAAAGUCAAUCCGGCUGAGUAACAAGUUCCUCUACCCGGACUACGGGUUUCAGGAUCUCUGGGUGCGCAUCAUCGAGUAUAAUAUACUUAAGUAUCUGGAGCUGAAGGCCCAAGAGCGGGAGACAAAGUUCAAGCUAAAUCAUCUACUAAGCUUAAUAAAGUCCGCUCGUGUCUAG